GAAUGAAACUAAAACCACACGGAGACUUGUGUAGACAGCAUUUCUGAAGAAGAGAAACCGGAUGCCCAGCUAACACAGAAUUUCGAAGUGGAAGACUGACGGAGGUUGGCGCGAACAAUUUUCUGAUUUUGAGAAGUUGUUGCGAAAGAUAAUAAACGAACACCUGCAGGAUGGGUACCGAGCAACAUGGCAAGAAAGUCCAAUGCGUACUUUGUCAAACGUCCGAGGAAAAUCGGGCAACUGGACCGUUAUCAACGAAAGGUUCUGUCACCGCUCAUCAGAACUGCUUGCUGUAUUCAUCUGGGAUUAUUUGCCAGAAUUCGCCAGAGUUUGACGACUUGUUUGGUUUCUCUGUGGAAGAUGUCCUUAACGAGAUGAAAAGGGGAAACAGACUGAUUUGUUACAGAUGUAAGAAGAAGGGUGCCACGGUGGGAUGUGAGGUGAAACGCUGUAAGAAGUCCUACCACUACCCCUGCGCUGUGCGAGAUGGGGCCCAAAACGUUGAUAACCAUAGAGAAGAGAAGUUUACGUUGUACUGUCAGAAGCAUAAUCUGGAGUUCGCAGCAACCAACGGAACGGUGAGUAGAGCUUUGUCUUCCAACGGUGAUUCAGACACAGCGAUGAACAACAAUGGAGAAACAUCAGCCAAGCUGUUUUGUCUGGUCUGUGAGAGGAAAGAGGGAAGCAUCAGUCCUGAACACAUCGAUAGUGGCAUUGUCAAGUUGUAUUGUGAAAAGCAUAAACCACAGUCAUUGCAGAAAGAGCUGAAAGGACUUGAUGCAGUGGCAGGACCCUUAUCUUACUAUGGUGGCUCCAACAUGCCUACUAAACGACGGCAGAAACAAACACCCAAGAGACGGUUGAGCUGCUCUAGCACACUGCAAGUGGAAUCAUCAAAAAGGUCCAGAAAGGGGAGCAAGAGUAUUCAGGACAAUUUCUCAAAUGCAGAUGGAGAUGUGAAUGGAAUUGACAUGGAGUUCGCCCCUUUGGAGUCUGAUCUGGAAGACGGUGUGUUCUCUGAACACAGAAAUCAUGCUGAGGCUCUCACCACAGGAUGUCAGCCAGAACCUGAAAACAGAGACGAUAGCGAUGGAGACCAUACAGUCAUAGACUCAGAUGCUGAGUCUCAGAGUAUGUUGCUGCCUGUGACGCUAUGUAUGGCAUCUGAAGAACCCUCUCAGGACACAAACCUCUCAGUGCGCAGUUCUCAGCCGUGUUCUGCGGCUAGUCCUGGUUCACCUGUCCUCUCUGGUCGACACGGCAUCUCUCUCACACUUGGUCCCAUCUCAUCCGUCCACUCUGGUCCACUCAAUGUCACCAACACACCUACUCGUACCAGUCCACCAGUCUCACCCGUCCCCCCUGAUUGCUGUUUCACCCCUGUGUCCUCUCCACACUCUGUCUCCGAUCGUCCUCCGGCUGGGCCCGGAGGCCUGGGUUCACCUAUUGGUUCUGACUCUGCAGACAGCAGAGUGUUCUGGAGGAGGUGUAACGAAGCAGGCUGUACAGAGUCCAUCUUCACCACCUUCUUCUCUGACAUGGUCAGCAUCUCCAAUAGGAUCGUGUCGGAUAACGCCAGUCAGGAGGAUUAUGAUCUCUCUCUGAGAGUGAUGGAGGCUUCUGGGAAAUUAUCACAGAUGCUCUCAGAGCAGGAGAGAGAGUUUAAGAAGAAGCAAAUGGAGUUACAGAGAGCUACGGCAGCCAUAAGGGAUGCCAGGUCAGCCCUGAAGAGAUAAGCAGCCCUGACAGAUCAACUACAACCCCCAUAAUCCACCUUCCCUCAUUCAGUUCAUUAACAUCACAAGAUUUUAUGGGGUGCAUUAUGCAGCCAUAUUGAGAAUUUGAUUUCACAAUAGUUUAAGUAGUUCAACUUUCUUACCUUGUCAAUAUUAUAAUCCCCCCAAAAAGUACUGUUAUUGUUUAUACUGUAUGUUCAACCUCCGAGACCGAGAACCAAUUAUGAAACAAGAUUUUGCCAUUUUGCUUGCCAGUAACAAAAGGACGUUUUACCUUUAAACAAUAUAUAUUUUUAUGUAAAUAUAUAUUUCUAUAAAUAGAUCCCCAAAAGUGUUGCUAUUGUGUUGAUAGCUAGUAUACAAAUCAUUAGGAACACCUGCUCUUUCCAUGACAUAGACUGACCAGGUGGAUCCAGGUGAAAGCUAUGAUCCCUCAUUGAUGUCACAUGUUAAAUCCACUUCAAUCCGUGUUGGAAGGGGAGAAGACAGGUUAAAGAACGAUUGUGUGUGUGUGCCAUUCAGAGGGCGAAUGGACAAGACAAACGAUUUAAGUGCCUUUAAACGGGUAUGGUAGUAUGUGCCAAUCAUACUGGUUUGUGUCAAGAACUGCAGCACUGCUGGGUUUUUCACACUCAACAGUCUCCCGUGUGAAUCAAGAAUGGUCAACCACCCAAAUGACAGCCAGCUUUACACUACUAUGGAGUCAACAUGGGCCAACAUCCCUGUGAAACUCCUUCGACACAUUGUAGAGUCCAUGCCCUGACGAAUUGAGGCUGUUCAGAGAGCAACUCAAUAUUAAGGUGUUCCUAAUGUUUGGUAUACUCAGUGUGCUGCCAUCCUGUCAGAAGGUAACAGAUCAUUUUAUUACAAUGGUUAAGAUGGAUUUUCAUUGUGUUCCAUGGUGUUAUUCGCCCCCUAGUGGAGCUUUCUGGUACUUAGACUGUACGCAAACAGGAAGUAAAGAAUUCGUUCUGCACGCAUAGAAGCAGCUAAAAACAACGCAACGGUGCAGGUCUUUCAGUGUAGUUAUUUCUUGUCACGCUUCAGCCUCGGAAAAUAUUUGUUUGUAAGUCCGAUUCAAGCAUUUAGCUAGUGAUGAUAAUCGUGUUAUUGAUAGAGUUGCUUACAUAUCAAUGUUGGUUGUAUUUACUCACAGAAAUUGCAAUGAUUUUCAUGUAUGUCGUCAGCUGUAUUACUUUGCUCGUGCGUCAUGCAAACGAAUUGUAAAACAUACAAUACUGAAGUUUUGUUACUGUUUGUAGUGUAAUAUGCUUUGUUAUUCUACAGAGAUGGUUGUACAUUAUUAGAGUAAUGAAAGGAGUUAGCCAAUUACCAUAUGAGUAACAAUUCGCUACAUGGUUUGGCGUCAUGCCAGAUGCAUGGUACCCUCAGCACGUGUUUUGUAUUUUCAUGCAACUUCAAAUGUAUAAUGUACAUGUCGAUUUGAAUACUAAAGUAUAUUCCUUUUUGUAUUUUGCAGUUUCACAACAUAAACGUUUUCAAUAUAUUCAUUCAAGAAAAGUCACGCCUUGGGAGUUUAUUGAAGACUUAGUUGUUAGCUAUCUGUCUAGUUUUGCAUGGGAACGCAAUUCAAGGGCAGAAAACUCAGUGUAUAUUUGUAUGUGAAAUUGUUGCUUUGCGUAGUACCUCAAAGCAUUAAUUUCAAUCAUUUUUAUAUCCCGGCCUGAAAUUUUUAACGUCUUCUGUACUUAGAACUUCUUAUAAUCUACAUGAUUAGAGUUUAGUUAUUCAUAAAUCAUAUGGAUAGGAACAACUUGCAUGUGUCUAAUUGCUCAUCCACUUUUCUUUUAACUGCACUGUUACAUGUUUACACACGUUUUAUUCAUUCAGUAAUAAAUGAAGAACUAAACUUG